GUGAAAGAUGUUUUGGAAGUACAAUUUUGGCUCCUCUGCUCAGAUUGAAACUCUUCUACAAAAGGAAGAUGUUACGCUUUCGGAGCUCAUGGAUGAGGAUGAACUCCUCCAAGAAUGUAAAGCACAAAAUAGAAAACUUAUUGACUUUCUGACUCGAGCAGAGAUCCUUGAUGAGUUGGUAUGUUUGGUGGUGAAUGAGCCAGCCAUGGAUGGGGAGCUGCAGAUGCGAUUCAAAUAUGCUAACUUGGCUGCCGAGCUACUAACAGCAGAUGUUCCGGCAAUCAUUGACAAGUUGGUUGCAUCUACCAACCUUUUAGAUAUCUUGUACAAAUUUCUCAAGAAGGAAAAACCCCUUAAUCCUCUGUUGGCAUCAUUUUUCUCAAAAGUUCUGGGCAUGUUGGUGCAGAGGCGCUCAGAGCAGAACUGGUAUUCCUAUCAGUUCACUUGCUUCCAGGUAUUGGACUUUUUAAAAUCCAAAGGUGAUUUUGUUGAGCUGGCUGUGCAACAUGUGGGGACCUCAGCGAUAAUGGAUUUGAUACUCAGACUUAUCUGUAAUGUGGAGGAGGAUGAGAUCCGUCAAAGUGUUCACCAAUGGCUGAAUGAGACUCAGCUAAUAGAACGACUCGUAGAACGGUUAUCACCAGAAGCUGACCCAGAAGAACACUCAAGUGCCGACAAUAUUCUGUGUGAAAUUAGCACCUCUUGCCGAGAUGUCACUAACGAUAGCCAUCCACAAAGUAACCCACUCCUCUUGACUCUUGAAAGUGAAGAAACUAUAAAUAAGUUACUGGACCUGCUCCUUCAUGAAGAACGGAAUGAGUCUUCACUGUCCCACGUCAUCAAUAUCUUGCUUACUCUUCUUGCCGCCCGAACACAACAGCAAAUCCAGCAGCAGCAGCAAGGAUCACAACAAUCAACGUCCAUAGAAUCUAGUAAUAGUGUUUCCAGUGAGGGAAAGAGAAAUGCCGUUGCAAGAACCAUUGCUAAACGCUUGCCGAGCCUUCACAAUAUUCUCCUACACCCACCAAAGAAAGGGUUGAUAUUAACUGCAUACGGUCAGGAAGUUGAGCCCUUGGGUAGCACUCGUCUACAGGUUGUGACUUUGGUAGCUGCUUUGGUGGCUGCCAAUGAUCCCAUUGUCCACAAUGCCCUUUAUGAACUCAACACAGUUGAAUAUUUGCUGGACUUAUUUUUCAAAUUUAUGUUGAAUAAUUUCCUACACACACAAGUUGAGCAGUGCCUGACAGCUAUAUUAACAAAGGCACCAGUUGCCUCUUCACCUCAGGGGGAAACAGACCACCUUUUGCUCACUCAGCUUUUUACUGAAUGUCGCAUCAUUGAAAGAGUUGUAAAAGCUUAUGAAGAACCUUCAGAGCCACAUGAUAGUAAACAGAUCCAUAAUAUCAAAGGCUACAUGGGCCAUCUAAGACAGUUAGCCAACACUAUAGUUCAACAGGCUGAGUUUGGCCCCAAUGAACACCGUAUCAAGCGACUAAUUCAGGAUCUUCCUGGGGAUAAAGCCACACAGUGGGAUGACUUUGUGUCAAAUGCGCUUGCCGAAGUUAACCGUAAAAAUGAGAUUACGCCUUUACCGGUUCAGGGGAUGCAUCAUCAUCUUGACACUGAUGACGAUUCCGAUGAUGAUUCAAAUUUUUAUCCACAAAUUUUUGACAGACCCAUUGUCAAACAGAGGAACUACAUGCUUAGUGGUAGCUCUUCUGGAAGCGAGCAUGAUUGGGGGUUGACUUCGGUUGAGGGAGACGAGACAGAAGGGGGCCCACAUAUGUACCAAGAGAGGCAGGAGGAAAGUGAGGAGGAGAACAAGGAAGCAGAACAUGUAUUGGGCCAAGAAACUGAAACUUAUCAACUUAUGGCAAGAAACAAGAAGAGUUGGGACAUGGACUCCAUGAUGCAGGGCUUUAAAGAAAUGGACAUGGAUGUGAUUGGUGACUUCCGUUAUGCAGACGAUGAAUUUAAAGACCCUGAUGACAACCUAAGUGGACCUCUUCAGCGGUUAAGUACACAAGCACUGGCUCUAUCUGGUACAACAGAAAUGGGAAUGGGUACCCUCACAGGUGGUCAGGGAAUCGAAGGAGGAGGAGAAGGUGGAGUUGUCGAGGAUCGCGAUUUGUUUGAAGAAAUGUGUGCACACCGACGUCCAGAUAUGAAUGACUUUGAUGAUAUGUGGAGUGAUAAAGAAAAAGAAAUUACUUUCAACCAAGAGUCAGUGCAGUCAGAAAAUGACAAGGAAAAGGAUGCAGGUUCUAGUUCAGAAGAGGAAGAUGAAGAGGAAUAUUCUGGAGUUAGAUCAGGAGAGACUAAAAUGGAAGUGGAUCCUGAUGACUGGGCAGAGGUGUUUGACAAACGGUCUAGUGGUGGUCAGAACAGUUGCCCUGAUGAACCCAUAAACCCCUGGCAGUCAGCCCCAAUGGCAGAUACUUCUGACAACACUGGCUGGGCUGACUUUGGUGGCAAUGUAUUUGGUGGUGCUUCCACCAUGGGUCCAUUUGGGCCUAGUCAUAAUCCUAAAAAAGAUACCUUUUCCACUGACUUCACCAAUGUCUUUGGUCCUCCAAUGGCUCAGCAAGAUAGCUCAAACACCAUUUUUGGUGAAACCACACCCAACCAAGAGGCCUUCAAAGCAGAUUUCUCCAGUGUGAAUUUUGAUUCAGCAUUUGAAACUAACUGUGAUGACCAGAAAAACACUGUUACUCCUGCAGGUGAACCUCAAAAGAGUAAUUUGGAAGCAGCAGUGAGUGAAGAAGAGCCAGGGAAGGAAGAAGAAAAAAGCCAUGAUGAUUUAAUAGAUAAUUUCAACUUCCUAUCAUCUCGAGGCCUUCUGAAGAACAAUGACAAGAGUUCAGGUAGCAGUGACGCAGGUACGACAGCUCCUGUUCUCAGCAAGAGUGAAGUAUUGCCGGAUGACCACAGUCAACAGGACGGAUUGCCAGUAGCAGUAGCAGACACUCCUUCACAGAGCUAAUAUUUCCUAAAGAGUAAGGAGUGGGAGGAUCAACUGUAUGAGGAUGUAGAAUAGUUUAUCUGCCAGCAACACCUCAGGAUUUACAUGCCUGAUAUGUACUUCCAGUCUAAAAUGCUCUAACCUCAUAGAAACUCCAGUGGAAUUGCCUUUAUUUAGGUUUUUGUAUUUAUUGUGAUGAAUGUUGUCUACCACAAAACAACAGGAAGGUUUUUCCUCUUCAAGUUUUUUCAGUGGGCUUAGUGAAGUGUAAUAUUUCUGCUUUACCACAAGGUUGAGUUUUAACUACUACAGUGUAAACUACAUUUUUGAGAUGAGGGAUGCUAGGAUUGAUUUUUUCCUGAGCCACAAUUUUUUAAUGUAUUAUGCAGUGUAGAGGAAUGUGCCUAGACAAGUUUCACAUGGGAAGGGAAGGCUCCUUCCUUUUCCAUGUCAUGGUAACUUGUCAAAUUAUAUUUAUUUACAUAUUUUAUCCUGAACAAUGCUACUCAUGAAACAAAUGUAGUUAAUAUAUUGGGUUUUGAUAACUAGUAAUCAUACAGGUCUGAAACUGGAUCAAAACGAAAUAUACACGUCCACACUAGUGAUACAAUUCCUAAUCAUGUUUUUAACAGUACUCUAUAUUAAUUUCCAGAAAUAUGUGAAAUAGUCAUUGUCCCAAUAUUGAGUAUAGCAGUGAAGUAGGUAUUCCUGCUGAUGAAUAUGAGGAAAAAACAUAUGUAUAAAAUUAAUACAGGCCAAACACCUAACAUUUCCAAUCAUGAGUGAGUGACCUUCUAUGAGAUGUAUGUUGGAUGUGGAGAAACUGUAUUCCUGGGCAUGAUCAUUGAGUGUCUGCUUUAUAGCCUGAGGAUUUCUCAUCGAGUUUUGUUAUUAGGCUUUGUAUGUCACUGUAUAUUUAGUCACAUUUUUAAAUACCUUUGUUCUCAUUAAUCUAAAAUUGACAAGAAAAUGAGGACCAGUUUAAAAAAUCUAGAAUAUGGUCUCAAUUUGAACUGCUAAGGCUAUAUCAUGGAUGAGGAAAAUGUUUCUUUGAACUUCAAAUGACAGGUUGUAUUCCACUGAUCAAGCUUGACACAGUUUAUAAUCAUGCUCAAUUUGUUUCAAAUUCUCUUCUAGACUUUUUAAAACAUCACUACUAAUAUAUAUAUAUAUAUAUAUAUAUAUAGUGUGUAAAUUUUCAGGGUACUUUCAGUUUCAAGAUUGAAAUUCUUAUUUACAGAUCUGUGUCAAAGCUUUCUUAUACCAUUAAAUGUUGGUUUAUCAUUCCACUCAGGAAGUCAUCAGAAAGUAAAGCAUUUGGGGAAUUGCAAUAGUUUUACUUGUCUUAAGUAGGUGCUUAGUUUAGUGCUUCAUAAUUAAACAUGGCAUUAAAUGUGUGAUUUUUAAGUGAAUUUACUUAAGCCAGAAAGACAUGGGACUUGUUUAUCCCUAUCCUCAGAACCCUUCAGCAGUCUACAAGACAAGAAGUAUUCAUUACUGUUGAAUAAUUUGACACAAAAUAGGUCCAGUCAGAAAUGUAGCUCUGAGUAAAGGCUCUGGCAGGUCUUGAAAAUGCAGGGAGCAUCAUUCCAGUAUUUAAAAAAAAUAUUUCGUUUGGAAACGGUGAGUUAUCUUGUGCUGUUAUAAUGGCCUGCAAUACUACAGUUUCUUCCUUAAUAUUCCAUCUUUAUGAUCUUCAGUGUGAAUUCCUUGUUUUAAUUAAGCCUUCAGCAUUCUAGAACUACCAAUAAAGAGUUUAUUGUU